AUGCUCUUGCGAUCGUUGAAAAUCCCGCCGUCGCUGGUCCUGGCCCUCCUGUUCCUGGCCUUCUUCGGAUGGCAGCUAUGUCAAGGCCCAAGUCAUGAGCCGUCUGCCGCCCCGCCACCAGAGCCAGCAAAGGAUGCGCUGCCCCGUAUUGCCGUCAUGACGUUUGUCACGGAACAGAGAUCAUAUCUCUAUCUCUCACUCAAAAACAAGGCUCACUAUACGCGUCGCCAUGGCUACGAUUUCAUCAUGGAGUACGAAUCGCAUACGGACCGUGCUGUUGUGUUCUGGAAAUUUGACAUGGCCGAGAGGCUUAUCAAGUCUGGCAAAUAUGACUGGAUUUGGUGGGUCGACUUCGAUACCAUCAUCACAAACACCGAUGUCAAACUCACCGACAUCAUCGACGAAGCACUUCGCAAUGCGACGAAUCCGGACGAGAUUGACUAUCUCUUUACCCACGAUUGUAAUGGGUUUAACGCGGGAUCGUUCCUAGUUCGAGGGCACGAAAGGUCUCUCCAGUUCAUCCACGACUCCUGGGCCAUACAUGACAAGGCAAAGGAGGAACAUAUCAACAUGAGUGAGCAAGACUCGACAGUCAAGCUGAUGAAGGAAGACAAAGUAUCUGCAAGCAGGGUGCACGUAGUGCCACAGUGGAAGCUGAACGCCUUCCCGUCCGAGAUCGCUUGCUUCGACGAUUCGCACCGAGUCUGGGAGCACGGCAUGUUCGUUUUACACUUUGCAGGCGCGUGGGCUCACGUCAAAGGGGACGACCCGACAGGUUAUCUCAUGAAGAGAUACGAAAAUCAGAUCAUCUGGGGUGAUUGGAAGGACAUGUCUUGA